CAUCUCUAUCCGAAGCUCGAACGCCGCAAUUCGAGCGACGUUUCGCAAUCAGCCUAGUCAAUCUUCUCUGUCUUUCUUUCCCGUCCUACGCAUGACUCCGCGGUAUAAAACUUGGUGGUACGUCUUCAUGAACAGCAUCACCUUCAACCAACAACAUACUGGUUGUCUCUCCUGUCAUCAUGGCUGAAAACAUGCUUCGCGAACCGCUCUCCGGCAUAGACAUCCUCAUCGUCGGUGGAGGCCUUGCUGGCUUGACCGCUGCUAUUGAAUGUUAUCGCAAAGGUCACAAUGUCCGUGUCGUCGAACGUCGACCUGGUCUUGACCCCUUCGGCGAUUUAGUCGCCAUCCAGCCCAGCGCACUCUGCACUAUGCGCAAGUGGCCCGGAUUCGUGGACCAGCUCUAUGAAAACGAAUUUGGACCCGAUAUCCACAUGUACAAGUUUGACGGGACCCUCAUUGGGGUAUUCCCUAGCUUGAGUGACUACGACCCAAGUACCGGCGAUCGUGCUGUUGUUCUCAGUCGUCUGGAUCUCCAUCGUGCAUUGCACAAGUACGCGACAUCACUCAGGAUUUCCAUCCAGCAUGGAAUCAGCGUCGAAGACUACUCCGAGACCACCGAUAAGGGCUGCGCUAUCCUUGCAGAUGGCACCAAGCUUGAAGCGGAUCUUGUCAUCGCUGCAGACGGCGUGGGAGGCAAGGCAUGGGGUAUCGUCAGUGGGAAGAAGGAGCAGCCUAUCAGUAGCGGCUACGCGAUCUAUCGAACGACCUUCCCACUCGAGCACGCAAUGAAGGACCCUCUGCUGGCGAAGGUAUACGAAGGCGAAGGCUCCCAUGGAGCGGCUUAUUUAGGACCCGAUACACACAUAGUAACCGGGAAGAACAAAAACAUCGACAAUGGAAACGCUACCGAGGACUGGUCAAAGACCCAGAGUUCGGACUCUGCGCUUAAACAAGUGAAAGACUGGAGUCCGUUUGUCCCAGCUCUGAUUAACGCGGUGCCCAACAAGGAAGUCGUUGACUGGAAGCUCAUGUGGCGUAAUCCGCAACCCAAGUGGAUCUCCCCGAUGGGCCGAGUUGUCCAGAUCGGAGAUGCUGCGCAUAGUCUCCUUCCUACUAGCGGCAGCGGUGCGACUAUGGCUAUGGAAGACGGAUUUACUCUCGCUGCAUGCCUCCACAUCAGUGGAAAGGACAACAUCCCUUUGGCUGCCAGAGUUUACAACAAGCUAAGGUUCGAGCGCGUCUCCUGCGCCCAAAGGAUGGGAUUCAAGACGCGUGAAAAUUGGCACCACACGGAUUGGGAUGCUGUCUCGAAGAACCCCCAGGUAGUCGGCAAGAUCAUCGGUAACUGGCUAGCGAGGCAUGAUUCAGAGAAGUAUGCAUACGACAAUUAUGCUGCGUGCGCGAAGCACAUAACGGAGGGCACACCUUUUACUAACACCAACACUCCUCUGGGCUACACCUACGAACCGUGGACAGUCGAAGAUUUAUUGAAGGCGGCGAGAGAGAAGACCGAUGUUCAGGAUGCUGGUGAUUGGUCUUGAGUUACCCGCCUAUGUUGUCUGUAGAAACCGUCCCUUCGACGAGCCAUUUGUCGAUCGGACUUUCCAAUUUCAUUUAUUUACAUCC